CUGCGGGUGGCCGGAGGCUUACGAUCCCCGGGAGCCUGGAGUGAGAGAGAGAGAUUGAGAGCGAAAGGUGAGGGAAGCUGAGGGAGGGGACGCGCUGCGGGGCUCCCCGAGCCUAUGGAGCGGGUUAAGAUGGCGGAGGCGGAGAGCCUAGAGACAGCGGCGGAGCACGAACGGAUUCUUCGAGAGAUCGAGAGCACCGACACGGCCUGCAUCGGGCCCACGCUCAGGUCUGUCUAUGAUGGUGAGGAACAUGGACGAUUCAUGGAGAAGCUUGAAACUCGCAUCCGCAAUCAUGACCGAGAAAUUGAGAAAAUGUGCAACUUUCAUUAUCAGGGCUUUGUGGACUCUAUAACAGAACUGCUGAAAGUGAGAGGAGAAGCCCAGAAACUCAAAAAUCAAGUGACGGAUACUAAUAGAAAACUACAACAUGAGGGAAAGGAACUGGUGAUAGCAAUGGAAGAGCUGAAGCAGUGUCGACUACAACAGAGAAAUAUUUCUGCCACUGUGGAUAAAUUAAUGCUGUGUCUUCCAGUUCUGGAGAUGUACAGUAAACUGCGGGACCAGAUGAAAACUAAAAGGCAUUAUCCUGCACUGAAAACUCUGGAACAUCUAGAGCAUACCUAUCUUCCUCAAGUAAGCCACUAUCGAUUCUGCAAGGUGAUGGUGGACAAUAUCCCUAAGCUUCGAGAAGAAAUUAAGGAUGUGUCUAUGUCCGAUCUCAAAGACUUUCUGGAGAGUAUCCGCAAACAUUCAGACAAAAUUGGAGAGACUGCCAUGAAGCAAGCUCAACAACAAAGAAACCUGGAUAACAUCAUCUUGCAACAACCCAGGAUAGGUAGCAAGAGAAAAUCUAAGAAAGAAGCAUAUACAAUUUUUGAUACAGAGAUAGAAAGCACUAGCCCCAAGUCUGAACAGGAUUCAGGAAUUCUGGAUGUUGAAGAUGAGGAAGACGAUGAAGAG